UAGCAUCUUCUUUAUUGUUAAACUAACUUUAAAUUCUUGAAUCUUGAUAGAAAUUUAUCUUACGCUGUUUGAGAACAUUCCUAUAAUGGUUUUAUAAUGUCCGUAGAAGUACUAAAUAAUAUAAAUCUCAAUUCUGUUUCAAUCGAAACACUAAAUGAGCUCCAGCAACUCGAGAAAUGUGGCGAAGUUUUCCUCGAAAGACAUUUGGGGAAUCUUAUUUACGUUUGCAAUCUCUGCGACGAUAAAUUCAAAUCUGCUGAUGGAUUCUCAGAUCACAUAGCAGAAAUCCAUAUAACAGUAGAAAACUUCAUCACCUAUGAACCUAGUGAAUCUGAUGCCGAGGUGGAAACUGUUGUAAAUAAAGAAAUUGACCCAAUCGGGAAGUCUACCACCGAACAGGAUGAAGAAUACAAUACACUUGACUAUGAAAUCUUGAUGAAGCUUGAAGAAAACACUUCAAGUGAGAGCCUUAAAGAAGAACUAAUUCUUAUUGCUGAUGGACAAAUCAAAGAAGACUUGGAGGAGCAAGAAAUCAAACAAAUACAAAAAGAAGAACCAACAAAUGAUGUACCGAAACCAUUUGAAAUAAGCUUAUACGAGGAAGAAGAGCUGCAAUUAGAAAAUUUGUCACCUCUGCCUGAGGAAAAAAUUAAAGAAGAUAAGGAAGCUGUUGAUCCCAGUGAUGAAGAAAUUUUGCGUUCAAAACUAACAUGCAAGUUUUGUGGUGAGCAAUUCGAUUAUGUUAAAAGAAUGCGGGAGCAUGAUUGUGGUCUAAAUAAGAAAAAGAAGAAGCAUUUCUGUUCUGUUUGUGGCAAAGAAUUCAAAAAGAAAUCGGGUUUGGACAUUCAUUCUUUGUUGCACAAGGGAGAAAAACCACAUAAAUGCGACAUCUGUGGAACAGCAUACGCCUGCAAGCAGAAUCUGAUUGUCCAUGUGCGACGACACACUGGUGAGAAACCGUUCAAAUGUGACUACUGUGACAGAAGAUUCGCUUCAUCUACAGAAAGAAUCUCCCAUAUGAGAACGCACACUGGUGAUCGACCGUUUGUGUGUGAACUUUGUGGAAAAGGCCACUCAUCGUCAUCGCAACUCACAGAGCAUAUGCAUAGACAUUUGGAUAUACGAAAUUAUGCUUGUGAAGUUUGUGAUAAACGCUUUAGAAAUUCCUACAAUCUGCGAAUGCAUCGACUUACACACGACAAAGGACCCAGACAGCACCAAUGUAGCCAAUGUUCAUCAACAUUUAAAACACCCAGCAGUUUGUUGCAACAUUCUAAGAUCCAUGAAAAAGUGAAAAAGUAUGUUUGCAAAAUCUGUGGACGAGCUUUUGCCCAGCACCCCGGGCUUUAUAGUCAUAUGAAAUCACACGCUUCAUCUCCUUGAUUUAGAAAAUAAAAACAAAAUACUUUAAUACAGAA